UUGUUCUCCUGUUCUUUUCCACCUUCCACCCUCCUUAAGACACACCUUGCAUCUCCUGCCUCUCAUAUCUCACCAUUCUAUCACCAUAUGUCUUAUGUCCAAGCUUCAUUGUCUCAUGCUUUUGUACAUCUGGAGAGUUCAUUUCCCCUGCAAGUGCACAAGGAAAGAGCAAGGAGGUUCUUGGAUUGCAUUUCCAUGAUUGCUUCAAACUGAGAUGGAGUAGUGCUGGUGAAGGUGAAGCCAUGGCUUUCUGCGUCAACUUCUGCUGGUCCAUCAUCGCCAGUUCUUUGAUUUGGUUGUGCUGUUUCAUGGCCAUGCAUCUGUUCAGAAUUAGGCAACGAAAUAGCUUUCAGAAAGACCUCAAACUUCCUGGAGUCACUGAUUCAUGUACUAGGGAUGAUGAUGAUGAAUCCAAGGAGAAAGAGACACCAAGUCUCAGCUUCAAGUUUCAGUAUCAGCUUUCUGAUUCUUCUGCAAGAAAAGAUGAACCCUCUAUGAAACCAAGCAUUGACAAUCUUGGCUUCCUGUCCGAGAAUGAUUUCAGUGGCUUCAUGGAAGGAGCAGGCAUAGGUGGAAUCGAAGACCAGAAGUUUCUGCAUGCUGAGCCGUUGGAGGAGGAAAAGCCAGUGAGUUGGAAGACUAAUCCUUCAACUGAACCCGAAAUCACUGAUCGAGCAAGGUUUCUGUCAGAGUUCUCCGGCUUCGACUCUGACACCGAGUCCCUCGGUGCAAGUGAUGGUUACUCGGUGAAGGACCUCAUUGUCGAUUCGGAUAGUGAUGGUUUGUUGUCGGAGAGAGACCUCGAUGAGUAUGAGCAUCAAGCCGAAGCUAUAGAAGUCUCGAUCAAUGCCACUAAAUUUCAAGUACAACAGUUCGAAGAUAUCAGAAGAUUUGAAGAAACAGAGUUGCAAUCUACUCAGAAUCGUGAUACAGAAUCUGUUACUGCAGAUGGUGAAUUUUGUCCUUUCAAAAAUCAUAGAAGACAUAUAAAGUGCGCAGGAAAUGGAUCAGACAACUCUGAGCCUGAAUUAGAUCAAAUUCAGAAGAUUCGGGCAUCAAAAUUGCUGCCAAUGGAACUGAUUGAUUCCAGUGAUGUUGAGCUUCAUACAACCGAGAAGCAUAGCAGUACAAGAAGAGGUUUUGAGCAAGUCCUCUCCUCGAAUGAGGCUUUUCAUGAUGGUCAUCUUGGAUCAAUUCCCAGCUCAGAAGAAGAAGAACAAGCACUGCUUAGAGCAGAAUUGGAUGAACUGGAAGAAGAACUUGGAAUAGAAGAGAAAGUACCAAAUCAGAGCAGGCAGAAAGAAGACACGGAUUUAGAAGACUUGGAUGAUGAGGAGGACUAUGAUGAUUUGGAGUCUCUCUGGGAACAUCAGGAUCUUAUGGAAGAGCUCAAAUUGGAGAUGAGAAAAUUGAGAGCCGUCGGUCUACCGACCAUCUUAGAGGAAUCAGAAGCCCCCAAAGCGGUUGAUGAUCCAAAACCGUGGAAGAUCCACGAGACACUCCUGCAUGAAGAUCCCAUGGAUGAGCUUCACAAGUUCUACAAGAGUUACAGGGGGAGGAUGCGGAAGUUUGACAUCUUAAACUACCAAAAAAUGUAUGCAAUAGGCUUACUCCAGCUAAAGGAUCCUCUUCAGUCAAUGAAAUCUCAAAGAUCCUUAAUUCCAACACUCAAAUCUCUUCUUCCUCAGAGUUUAUGGCCUCGAGGUCUUAAACCGGGUACCGAUCUAUCAGAGGAGUUCAUCAAGGAACUGCAAAGUGAUCUGGAAAUGGUCUAUGUUGGGCAAACAUGCCUUUCAUGGGAAUUCUUACUUUGGCAAUAUGAGAAAGCUCAGGAGCUGCCACAAUCCGCUCGAUACCGCAACCAUCAGUACAAUCAAGUAGCUGAAGAAUUCCAACAAUUUCAGGUGAUCUUGCAAAGGUUUAUAGAGGAUGAGUUUUUCAAAGGUCCAAGAUUACCCAAUUAUGUCAAACAUCGAUGUGGUAAUCAGAAUCUUCCUCAAGUUCCUCACAUAAGAGAGGAUAACUUGAAGGAGAAGAUGGAGGCUCAACUCAAAGGUAAUCAUAUCGUUUGUAGUGAAGUUCUUGAAGAAAUCAUGGAGGAAUCUAUUAGGAUCUUUUGGGAAUUUGUCAAGGCGGAUAAGGAUGAAACUCCUUGGAUGCUGAAGGGUCUACUUGGAACUCAUGUCCAACUUCAAGAUCCUUCUGACUUUAAGUUCAUGGCAAACGUACAAUCCAAUUUACAGAAGAAAGAAAAGAAACUCAAAGACAUUUUACGAAUCCGCAACUGCUUGGUAAAGAAGUUCAAGAAGCCUAAAGAAGACGGAUCGAAUCAAGACCUCUUCUUCUCUCAAGUAGACCUAAAGUUGGUGGCACGAGUUCUUCGAAUGUCUCGAAUUACAACUGAACAGCUGGUGUGGUGUCACACAAAAUUAAGCAAUAUUGUGUUCAUCGAAGGAAAAGUUCAUAGAGAGCCUUCAUUUUUGCUCUUUCCAUGCUGAGAUUGACAUUGUACUUUGUUUGAGAAUAGAUUUCCAUGUAACUGCA